CUGCUAGUAACUAAUAAGGGAAGCCCAAGUCCAUCACCUAGAGGCCCAAGAAGUCAUAACCAAAGCAAUCCAUUAUAGGCCCAUAUCUAUACAAUUUCAAAUGAGAUACUCUCAUCUCAAGAAACUCUGUAAAGCCUGUAUCUUAUAGCUGUUCAACGUUCAUAUUGUCAGAUUGAUUUGUACCGUGUUCGGCAGACGUUCUGUCAUGGAGAGACUUGUAUAUAGCUUGUCUGUAAACAUCUUUCAACUCAAUGAAAAUAGUUUCUUCAAAAGCUUUUACUAACCAUGGCUGUCUCCAUUGUUUCCUCCAUCAUCUUCCUGUUUCUCUCUUUCACCCCUACAGCACUCUCAAACCCAUCAUCGGACCAUCGACAAACAUAUAUUGUCCACGUUUCUAGAUCACACAAACCUAGGUUAUUUUCCAGUCACCUCCACUGGUAUACCUCCAUCAUCCAAUCCCUCCCUCCCUCCACUCACUCCGCCGAGAUCUUAUACACCUAUGAACUUGCCAUUAACGGCUUCUCAGCUCCCCUUACCAAUUCACAGGUAGCCAAAUUGCGUGAACUCCCUGGUAUACUCUCUGUAAUCCCUGACCGGGCACGCCAUCUCCAAACCACUCGAACUCCUAGCUUUUUAGGCCUCAAUGAUAGUUACGGCCUUUGGCAGAACUCCAAUCAUGGCGAUGGCGUUAUAAUAGGAGUCAUAGAUUCUGGAAUUUGGCCAGAACACCGAAGUUUUUCAGAUGCCGGUUUGUCCCCUGUUCCGGCCAGGUGGAAAGGUAAAUGCGAGACAGCACCGGAUUUUCCAGCUUCGGCUUGCAAUCGGAAGCUCAUCGGUGCGAGAACAUUUUACAAAGGCCAUGAAUCUUAUCUCGGAAGACCAAUAACUGAAUCAAAUGAAGUCGUGUCGCCGAGAGACAGGGAAGGUCAUGGCACGCAUUGUGCAUCCACUGCGGCUGGUUCUAAGGCCUCCAAUGCAAGUUUCAACGGAUAUGCAUAUGGAGAAGCUCGUGGCGUGGCCUCGAAAGCACGAAUUGCUCUCUACAAAUUAUGCUUUAGCAAAGGUUGUUUUGACUCGGAUAUACUUGCAGCAAUGGAUCAAGCAAUCGCGGAUGGUGUUGACGUGAUUUCUUUAUCUGUUGGAACUAGAGGAUACUCUGAUCCAUAUGAUAAAGAUUCAAUAGCCAUUGGAGCUUUUGGCGCAGUAGAACGCGGUGUUAUUGUGUCAUGUGCUGCAGGAAACACUGGUCCUGGUCCGCGAACAGCUGUUAAUAUUGCUCCAUGGAUUCUAACAGUUGGUGCUUCAACAAUCGACCGAGACUUUCCAGUUGAUGUAGUCCUUGGAAAUGGGAGAAUUUUCAAUAGUGUUUCGUUAUAUUCUGGCGAUCCACUGCCUGAUUUCAAGCUGCCUCUUGUUUAUGCUGGUGAUUGUGGGAAUAGGUAUUGUCAUAAGGGGAACCUCGAUCCAACGAAAGUUAAAGGAAAGAUUGUUUUAUGUGACAAUGGAGGUCCAAUAAAGAUGUCAAGAGUUGAGAAGGGAAACAUAGUAAAAGUUGCAGGUGGGCUGGGCAUGAUAGUUGCAAACACAGAAGCAGAAGGAGAAAAGGUAGUUGCAGAACCGCAUAUCUUACCUUCUACAAUGGUGGGUCAGAUUGUCGGUGAUCAGAUUCGAGAUUAUAUCAAAUUGGAUCAAAAUCCUACAGCGACAAUUGUGUUUCAUGGAACUGUAACUGGGAUUUCAUCGCCACCAGCUCCGAAGGUUGCAGUCUUUUCUAGUCGCGGCCCAAACUACAUAACACCAGUUAUUCUUAAACCAGAUGUUAUAGCCCCUGGUGUUAGUAUCUUGGCAGCUUGGACAGGUGCCUCUGGACCAUCAAAUUGGAACAUGGAUUCAAGGAGAGUUGAGUUUAAUAUAAUUUCCGGUACCUCCAUGGCUUGUCCACACGUUAGUGGUAUUGUUGCUUUACUACGAAAGGCAUAUCCAAAGUGGUCACCAGCUGCUGUGAAAUCUGCUUUGAUGACUACAGCUUUCAAUCUAGACAAUUCAAGGAAAAACAUUACAGAUCUUGCUACAGGCGAAGAUUCAACACCUUUUGUUCACGGAGCGGGACAUGUUGAUCCUAAUAGAGCUAUGGAUCCAGGAUUGGUUUAUGACAUUGAUUCAAGUAAUUACAUCGCAUUCCUUUGCUCUAUUGGAUAUGGUCCCAAGCAAAUUGCAAUUUUCACAAGAGAGCCUGCUAGUCCUGAUGCUUGUGCAAGGAAAUUGGUCAGUCCCGGUGAUCUGAACUAUCCAGCAUUCUCUAUUGUUUUCAAGUCGGAUGGGGAUGUGGUUAAUUACAAGAGGGUUGUGAAGAAUGUGGGCAGCUCAGCUUCUGCAGUCUAUAGAGUAAAAGUGAUCGCCCCGGAAAAUGUUGUUGUCAAUGUCUCACCGCGUAAACUUGUGUUUGAUAACAAAACCAAGACAGCCUCGUACCAGAUAAGAUUCUCAAGUAUUGGGCGGGGUUCCUUCAGUAAUACCUUAACAAGUUUUGGUUCAAUUGAGUGGAGCGAUGGAGUUCAUCGUGUCAGGAGCGCAAUUGCUGUCCAGUGGAACGAAGGACUAAAAGAUUCAAUUUGAGUAGAAUUUGGGUGACUAAGUGAAGUAUCUUUGUACUAUCUCGUCUAAGAUCAAUAAAAUAAAAUAAUGUCACAUGUCAUGUAGAUUCGAUUUUUC